CAAUUGAAAAAGAUGGCGGCAAUUUUUGCGAAAAGUUCAAAAGUUUUCACGUUAUUAAUGAUAUUCUCAAUACUAUUCGUAGUAUAGACGUAUAGGUAAAAGUACAAAUAUACAAUGAAUAUAUCUACCAGAGGAAUGUAAAAUUAAUGUUGGUUAUCCGAAACAAAUGAGUUGCAAUCCAUUGUUUACAAAUAUUUCUUCAAAAAGUGACAGCACAUUUUCGUCAAAAUCGAAAGUGAAAGUACAAUUCAAGCAGGAAUUGGUGAUUAACAAGGAUAGAAGCAGGCGGAGUAACAUGUCGUUUACACAUCCUAUGUCUGAACCGCCAGACAAAAAGCGCAAAACUAAUGACUUUGAUGAUGAGAUGUGGGGGGAAGAUGAUGAUGAUUUCACUGAAGAUCAGUUACAAGAGGUUGAUUUCAUGGCAUCCCAGGCAACACAAGAACCAAAAAUUCAACAGCCCAUAACAAACAAAUUUCAAUAUAAGGUUCCACAGAAUUCUACCAACAUUCCACAAACAAACUAUGCAAAAGCGAACAAACCAAAUCACCUUGUUCAAAGUAAUGUUAAAGUACCCCUGGGGUUGAAUAAUCCUUCUACAAGCAUUAUCAAACCUGAGCAAAAGAAACCUAGAAUUCCAAAGUAUGGCAUGCCGGAGUUGAGACCACCGAGUCAAAGUUGUGUGAUGACUGCAAACGGUAGAAGUGAAUCUCCUGAUUUACCAAUAAGCCAGUCAAAAACUGGCAACAUUAAAUCUGAAACAAACUCAAUAAAACAAAUUGAGCUUGAAUUGGAGAAAUAUAAAAAAGAGUUCAAACGUAUCCGGACUGAACAAUUCAACAAAGAUGGCCACAUCAAAAUGCUCAAAGAGUCAUUGGCACAAAAGUCCAGCGAACUUUCAAAGCAGAAGCAGUUACAACUACAUCAAAUACAGAAACAAGCACAGGACCAAAAUAACAGAGAAAAGGGUUUGGAAAAAGAAGUGGACCGUUUGAAAACUCAACUUCAGUUCAAAGAACGAGAAAUUUUAGAAACACAGUCAAUGUUCAAAGGAUUAGAAGAAAAAGUUAAAACACUAGAAAAGGUAAACAACAAUAUUGAAAGUGCAAAUAAAAAAAGUCACUUGAUCAGCCCAUCAAGAGUGAAGUCGAGUACAAAACAAAGUCUGAAUGAGCGAUCCCCUCAAACGCCAAAACAUGGAUUUAUCACCAAAGAACAGUUCAUGGCUGACGAGAGAUCACCUGUAUUUAGCUCAAAAGCUCCUACACUCUCAGCCCUUCCAAACAAGACUGCUCAGAAAACUCCUACCAAAACAGUUACAAAAGUUUCCCCUGCCAAGACUGUGGAACAUCCCAGCAACACUGGUGCCAAACUCAAAUCAAGAAGAUGCAUUCUCAGUCGUAAUUCUACACUAGGUAAAGUUACAGAUGCUCAACUUGUUGGCAAAUUGUUAGAACAUAAAGAGAAGGAUACUCCUGGUGGUUUACUGCAGAUACUUCAACCUCAAUUGGGCCAGCCAGACCAGCAUGGAGCAUUCUCCAUUGAGCAAGAAUCAACAAUUGAAGCAUUAUCACCAAGAAAACCAAAGUCAGUACAUGGCAGGGCUAGUCCACCUAACACAUGCUUACAAACAGAGGAGCCAGUAAUCACCCCAUGGCACCAGUCCCUUGCCAUGCAGUCAUUGAGCGAUUUACUUCAAAAAACACCAAUCAUGGGCAAAGAGUCACUAGACCAACCAGAGCCCUCGUUAAAGCUUUUACCCGCAAUACUAGACUGUUUAACAAGCUAUCUGGACAUAAUACAUAACACUCAGGGAGAUAUGACAAAAACAUUAACCAGAAAUGCUUCGUCUAGUAAAAGUUUAAGCAAAAGUUUAAGCAAAAGCCUAAGUGUGAAUUCAUCUCCAGAGAGGAUUGGAACAGGUGGUAACUCUGUUACUGUCAGUAUAGAAAUAAAGACACUGGGGGCAUUGGAAACCCUUCAUAAAUUGGUAAAUUACCGUGAAGCAACGAGACAUGUCAUUAUGAACAAUAAAGUAGCCAAUGAUAUAAAAGCGGAGGAGCUGAGUAUGAUCUCUGCUAUAAAUAUUUCUUCUGCAUCAUGUCUUGAAGAGCCAACAUCUGGUCCUAGCUGUAGCAGCACCCUUGCAAGCACAUCUGCAACAUCCAGUCACUACAUGAAGACAUCAACACCAUCUAACAAUCAGUCAGCAUCCAUACUAAAUGUUCUUAUGAAGUUGGCUGUUCCUGUUUGCCUUAAUGGACAAUCAAGCAAUAAUCUUAUCCUUGAGCAGGUCCUACAGAUUUUGACAAAGCUAGCAUCUACAUGUUCCAUAAAACAAUGUUUCAAAUUCCAACCAUUGAUCUCCCAGGGUGCUCUCUACAAGUGUCUACUGACUGACAACAAUAUAUCUAUUAUACUGAAGGUACUUCAACUUCUGGAAGUACUAGCAGCUGACCCUGGCAUUCUUGCACUAUUCUGUAGAAAGCAAGAUGAAUGUGUGUUAGCAGCUGUGUACAAUCUAUGCUGUGAAGGCAUGCCUUCUCUACUCCCUGGCCAAGCCACUCCUCUCUUUGCACAGGUGCUUUCGUUCCUCAGUACAGUGGUCGCCAGUCACACACAAGGUCAUGGUGCACUACUUCAGCCUCAUUGCUGCGGCUCUGAGGUUGUUAAAGCCAUAGUUCUAAUGAUGAAUCGUCAAGUAAAACAGCACAAUGAAGCUCCAUCCAAUGCAGUUUUUAACCUCCUCCGGCAAGGUAUCACAUUCCUCUACACACUUUCCCUCUAUGACAGCGACUUUGUGUUACAUCAUCAGAAGGUUGAGUACCAGUAUGUACAUGUGAUAUGCAGCAUCGAACAAUUGUUCAGAAAGCAUCCAGAGCUCUCUAUACAUGAAGUGUCCUGUAUCCAUGAUUUGUGGGAUUUUGACCAGGACCUCGAGGAUGAAGAAGAUUUGGUUACUAUGGAUACGUCAUAAACUGAGCCUAGAUAUAAAGGCAAAUCAAGCAGGGGUUGAGAACCUGAUUUACUUUCUACAUGAUUCAAAGAGACACAUGAUGUCUGUUCACAUGCUAAUUGAAGCUUAUUGGAGGUUUUCAGGACUUGUCCUUAGAAAUAUGUGUUUGACCGUUAGGACAGUUGUAAUAAUGAUAGCCUCAUGUGUAAAAUCAUUCAUGCAGUGCACACUUUCAGUUUUUCUAUUUCAAAAGACAUUUUUGAUAAUUAGUGCCAUAUUUAUGGAGAUACAGAAUAAGUCUGUGAAUGUGAACACAAAAACUCCAGGUUGUUAUAAUGUACAUGAAGAAGUUUGCUGCACAUAAGACAGCUUUAUCUGUUCAUGUGUUCACAAUGGACAAUUUUACUGAAGAUAUUCUCAUAUUAGACAGUGUUCAUAAUUAGAGAAGUGUUCACAUUAAAUAUAUUUUACCACAGUAGUGUUCACAUAAACUGGAUUAGUUAAAAACUGGAAAAGUUUUCAUAUAAGAGAGAUUUACUGUUUCGUAAGAUGUGUUCUAAACAUCAACUACAAUUGUCCUUAGCUGUCCAGUUCAAGAGGGUAAAGAGGCAGUAAUUACUUAAAGAGAUGAGCUCUUUGUUAUUGUGAUGAUUAUGUUUGCAUAAUGGAUAUCUAGUAACUUACAAACACUCAGAGUGUCUAGUAUUAUAUUAUAUUAGAAAGCAGGUAAUUACAGUAUGACUGUCAUAAGACACGUUUUGAGUUCCUCAUUAGUUCACAUCUGGAACAUAUGGCAUAACCCUAGAGGGCUUGUUAUCUUCGUUUAAAUCUGUAAACAACUUGUUUGUCAAGAAUCAGUGUCACAUUUCAUGAAAUAUAUUAUUUGCUGAAACAUCUGAUACCUGUUACAGCAAUUAUGAUUUUCAAACCAAUCUGCUAUUCAGAAAUAUCUAAAAAAGGAAUAUGAUCACUUCGUACAUGUAUGCUAUAAAAAUAAUAAUUGUUGAUGUCCAGAUUUUUUUUUGAGGAGAAAAAUCUUCAAAUGCUGUUUUGCCAUAGUUGCUCUGUAUCAAUGUAUGUCUGAUACCAC